AGGCCCGUGUGUUCCAUGUGCCAACGACUAGAUCAGCAAUGUGUCUAUCUACCCAGGGAGCAGACAGCACUUUCCAGCCCUGCUAGAAAAGUCAAGAAACCAAGAGCCACCAAGGACCGGCUACGGAUGCUCGAGUCCCAGGUCCAUGAUCUAUAUGAUGUUCUCUAGUAUGUACAUCAUUCCAUUCUCACACCCAUUCCUGUGGGACUUAUGGCAUUGGUUCAAGCUCAGCCCCAAGUCGGAUUGGUGACCCAUCAGGGUCCCCUGAGAGAAAUCGAGAUCCCCCGGAUGAUAUAGAUAUGCAGGCCCCGAUGCGAGGGGCUUCAAGUAAUUUUCCCUCUUUCUCAGCAGCAAACCCAUAUCCACCCACACAAACGCUGGAGCAUCUCAUAUAUGUGUAUCGGAGAACGUUGCACCUGCAGCCACUACCGUUAUUCAACAUUGAUACCCUCCGGACUCACCUGACUAGAGCACCCGAAUUCCUUCUUUGGAGCUUCCUAGCCCUCGCUCUGACGUUCUCGAGCCAUGAAUUCUACCAAAAUAAAGAAUCAGAGGCCAGGAAAUUCUAUACACAGUCUGCAGAAGAGGCCGUUCUCAAAAUGGCCAUCGAAGACAUACCCAGAGUCGAGGUCAUCCAAUCAUUAUGCUUGCUUGCUCUAAGACACAUCAAAGAAGGCAAAGAAGCCCAAGCGUGUAUGACGAUAGGGAUGACUUCCCGUCUGCAGGCAUUCCGCACCCUACUCCGCAACCAUUCAUCAGAAGACGGAGACUCCAUGGGCUCCCGAUGUCACUGGAGCGUCUGCAUCCUCGAGAACAUCUUCUGCCCCCAGCUCUCACCCCGUCCAACGAGCCGCACAACUCCGGAAUACCCCCCUAGCGCACCCCUACCGCCUUCCCUCCCCACCGACCCCGAUCUCUCCGACUCAGAAACCUCCCCCAACGACCUCGGCAUCAACGCAUACUACAUCCAACUAAUAUCCCUCUGGGGCGAAACCGCCCUCUACCUACACAACAUACGAUCAGGCUACACCGAAUCUCCCUGGUCCCCGGACUCAACCUAUACCAAGCUCAACUACAAACGAAAUGAAUACGAAUUCCAACUCGCAGAAUGCCACCUCCUCCGCAACGUCGCAUUCACCAAACGUUCCCGGACCGAGAUCCUCGAGCAUCACGAAUACUGGACGCCCUGGAUCUCAAUGCAAAUUAUCACCCACGCAUCCAUUGCAAUUCUCAACCACCCAUUCAUCCACCUAGUCGCCCUCCGCGGAAAUCGCAACGUCUCUCAACCCCGAUUCUUCCUUCAACAAGCAGUCGACCACGCCUUGUUUCAUUCCGGAUGGGUAUUUCGUCUCAUUCAAGCAUGCGAAACACUCACUUUCCCAAUCCAUGACCCUCUUAUUGCACACUUGGUUGCAGCAACAGCCACCAUCUCGUGGAUUUUCCAGUUCGCAAAGGAUAAGAAAAUCGCCGAUAAUGCACGGGAACACCUCGCUGUCGCUGAAACACUAUUGACUCGUAUGGCGACUACCUGGCCACAUAUCUCUCAUAAGCUCCAAACCCUCCUAUCUCUCCAAUCCACCACAACCACCCUCCCCACCUUACUUACAACCAUAUCCUUCCAACCAACUGUCUUCUGGGACUUACUCGAUCCCGAAAUCUGCCCGACCCAACCACCGACGGGCCCCACCACCCCCGGCGCCAGAAUGCGCGUCACAACUCAAUUCGUCCAUCCACUUGUCGAAGAUGACCCCCCACCAUAUCUUAUCCCCAGUACCGCGGGGACCAAUUCCCCGGGUAUAUUCCUCCCCGACGCUCACAAUCUGGAACAUUUAUCACUAGAUGAACUGUUCGGGCAAAUCGGGGAGGAUGAGUUAGCUUGGGUUCGGUAUUAGUCCUUGGUUCGUUGUAGGAGUUAGGUGCUUGGUAGGAGAGGGUUUAUCUUGAUAAGGUAAGGUAAUGUUGGUAGUGAGAAUUAAAGAGGGCAGGAAAUGAGGGGCUUUGAG